CAUCCGCGGCGCAGGGCCGUGUGUGUCGGCGGGGCCGGCGGUGGCGGGGCCGCCGCCAUGGACGCAGCUACUCUUACCUAUGACACUCUCAGGUUUGAAUACGAAGACUUCCCUGAGACCAAAGAACCCGUUUGGAUCCUGGGCCGGAAAUACAGUGUUUUUACAGAGAAAGAAGAGAUCCUGUUGGAUGUGACCUCUCGGCUUUGGUUCACCUACAGAAAGAACUUCCCUGCCAUCGGAGGAACUGGUCCCACAUCUGACACUGGCUGGGGCUGCAUGUUACGGUGUGGCCAGAUGAUCUUUGCUCAGGCCUUGGUCUGCAGGCAUUUGGGAAGAGACUGGAGGUGGAUCAAAGGGAAGAAGCAGAUGGAUAAUUACUUCAAUGUUCUUAAUGCCUUCAUUGACAAAAAAGACAGCUACUACUCCAUUCACCAGAUAGCCCAGAUGGGAGUUGGAGAGGGAAAAUCCAUAGGUCAGUGGUAUGGACCAAACACAGUUGCUCAAGUGCUCAAAAAACUUGCAACUUUUGAUACAUGGAGUUCCCUGGCAGUACAUAUAGCCAUGGACAACACAGUAGUGAUGGAAGAAAUCAGGCGGCUGUGCCGGUCCCACUCGCCGUGUGCUGGAGCUGCAGCGUGUCCUGCUGUGGAGUCAGACCUGCUCUGCAAUGGCUUCCCAGAGGAAGCAGAGCUUAGGGAUAGGCUCUCCCAGUGGAAACCCCUGGUGCUGCUGAUACCUCUCCGCCUUGGGCUCACAGAGAUCAAUGAAGCCUACAUUGAAACACUAAAGCACUGCUUCAUGAUGCCCCAGUCCCUGGGAGUGAUUGGAGGGAAACCAAACAGUGCUCACUACUUCAUUGGCUACGUAGGUGAGGAGCUCAUCUACCUGGAUCCCCACACCACCCAGCCUGCAGUGGAGCCCACUGACAGCAGCUGCCUGCCCGAUGAAAGCUUCCACUGCCAGCACCCUCCCUGCAGGAUGAGCAUCGCUGAGCUCGACCCCUCCAUCGCCGUGGGCUUUUUCUGCAACACAGAGGAAGAUUUUAAUGACUGGUGCCAGCAAAUCAAAAAGCUGUCCCUGGUCAGGGGAGCUCUGCCCAUGUUUGAACUGGUUGAGCGCCAGCCCUCCCACUUCUCCAGCCCUGAUGUCCUGAAUCUCACACCAGACUCCUCCGACGCCGACAGAUUGGAAAGGUUUUUCGACUCCGAAGAUGAAGACUUUGAAAUCCUAUCCCUUUGAAAACAAAAUAGGAAACUGACUCUGCAAAUCUGUGUUUCGUGUGGGGGAGAAGGGGGGGGAGGGAAGCUCCUUUGAGAGCCUGGGGCUGCUGGGUUUCAUAGGCACUUGCUGCCAUCCCCACCUCUUGUCCAUCCUGGCCUUCCGUGCAGCCUCCGAGCGGAGCGCGCCUUGUCUGCCUUGGGAUGAGGAACCAAGUGGGUGUUGUAGCCUUACUGGCUGGAGUUGGAAUUUCUUAGCAGAAAACAGUUGCUGGAAGUGGAUGCAGUGGUGCUUAGGAGUUCAGAGCCUAUCUGUGACAUCAGCAGGUCAGCUGGCCUUCUGGGGGAGGCGUGGAAAUGGUUCAGAGUGCUAAAUCCUUUCCCAGGGACUCCCCUCUGAAGCUUCAGUAGAACCACCCCUCAUUUAGCAGAUAGAAUGUACAGUUAAUUCCUUUAGCAGCUUCUCCCUGGACAACUUGGACUGCAGCUCAGGAUGCAAAUGAACAGCAGACAUGUCCCACCAAGGCAGCUGUGAAGCCCCUGGAGUCCAGGCUUCCUCCAGUACCACUCCUGUUGGUGCUUUGCAGUGCACAGCACUUCCUCGCAGGUGUAGUACCCUUCUCCUGCUCACCAGGAAGUUGAGGGAACUUCAAAGUGACUGGUAAUUCCAUAAGUGGAAGGCUGGGGAGGAACCAUCUCAAUCUCAGUGUAAGUAACAGCAGAAAUGAGGAAAGGAGACUAGAAAAUGUGGAGGUUCUUCAGUCGACAAAGCCUUGUGCUCCUACAGUAUCUUCAGGGAAGCUGCUUUGAGCAGAGAACUGUGGGUUCCACAGCCUUGGGGAAAAAAAAGUCCACAGCUGGGAGAGGUGAAGCAGGACAGCUGAGAUCUGCCAGUCAGGUGCCUGCUUGUGCCUGCACCCCAGUGUGUUCAGUGGUGGCUGGGAAUUGAUCCUGUUGGUACCAAAACUGGGAGCCAUGAAACUCCUCAAGGUGUCCUUGGUGGCUUGUUCAGUAGUUCUUCCAACUACUCCUGUGAGACAUUUCCAAAUCAGAAGAGGUGUCUGAAGAUGGAGUAGACUUCCCACCUACCUUGGUACCUUUGGUCUUUUGCCAGUUCCCCCUCCCUGCAGAGCAUGCCCAAAGGUACUGUAGGAGCUCACCUGGAGAAACCCAUCUCAUCAUCCCAGAGAGGGCAGCAAAGACAGAAUGCCUUGAGAAGGUCCAAUUAUACUGGAAAAUUUAGCUCCUUUAGGAUGAUCCAGCUCUGCCUGGAGCCUUUCUCCAACACGAGUUCAGAGAAGGGUCAAGGAGAACUGUUCUAAAGGCAGACUGCAACAGGAUUUGCUGAAGUAGUUUCCUUAGUGCAUGCUGCAGACCUGUUCACAGGGCUUUUUGUUUUGUCCAUUUAGGAUUGGAACCUGUCAGUUGAUGCUUUCAUGCCCAGGGGUGGCUAGAAAUGACCCAUUUCCCCCCAUGACUGACCUACUGAUGCUCUUAACUCUCCCUGUGCUGUCUCCAAAAGCAGAGGUUUGGACUGGGAACCACAAUGCUUCUGUCACUAAAUUAUUUGCUGCUUUCUGCCUGCUUCUCCUCUUCUCUCUUGUAGUUAGGGGAAGAGGCAGCAGAGGAAAUGGGGCUGUGCUCCAUUCAUCUGCUUUCAGUUUGUAUCUGAAUAAACAGACCUAAAAUCUUG